AUGCGACCACCGGCACCGUAUUCCUCCCUCUCUCAACUUUGUAGCCGACAACGAGAGAGACAUGACCCCUAUUUCCGUUGCCCAUUGGAUCGGAUUUGGGCAGGCUCGUCUUCCCAGCCCUUCUCGCAAUCUCCUGUGAGUUGCCAACGCAGACGGCCUGUUGAACCGAGAAUACAAGCGCGAGACAGGUCUCGGCGCCAUUGA